AUGUCUGCCCCUGAUGGUGCGCCACCGCAAGCCGGCAUCCGACCUCACUCCAGAUUCUAUUUCAACGACGGGAAUGUGUUACUCGUGGUUCAGGGCUUCCUCUACUGUAUUCACGUUUCGAGGGUGGCUACUGUCUGCCCGGUGUUGGCACAACUCCUCGAGCAACCUGACGAGACCAUGCCACGCGGUUGGGAAAGUCGGCCACUUCGUACGAACGAAGAGAUAUACGUGCACUGGGCGAACCGUGAGAUCACGGACACUCGUCCUAGUGUCUGGGACAACGACGGGGCAUUGAUACUUUAUGAUGUCACGGGGAGGGAACUAGAUGCAUUCCUUUCCAUCCUAUAUCCAGACAAUAUGAUCACCUAUGAUCUACACACGCCCGAAGACUGGCAGGCGGUCUUAAGGCUCGCGGAACGCUGGUCCUGCAGACCUAUCAUACAACUCGCACUCCACCAGUUACAUACCAGCUCGGGGCAUUCUCUUGUAGAACGCCUGGCUCUUGCCUACCGUCACAACGUAGAAGAUUGGAUACGACCGGCGCUUCGAGCUCUCUGCCUUCGCCCGCACUCUCUUACAGCAGACGAGAUACGGCGCUUGGGUCCGUAUCCGGAGGCUCUUGCCUUCAUCAUGAGUACGCGAGAGGACGCAAGGAGUGGGAAUGGACCUGCUGUAGACCGUGCACUUGAUACGUGGGAGAGUGCCCCGACCGCGAUACCCGAGCCCGACGCCGAAGAAGCUGCCUUUUCUCCGGCACUUCCCCAACCUCCUCAUAUACCAUCAUCCCUGGGCGUCUCUACGGCUAUUCCUUCCUCCCCUACUAUCCCACCUGUGUCCGAUCUUAAUGUACCAAUCGCCACCACAACGACCGACCCUGUAUCUGCUGCCAUCGAUGAGCUUACGCCAGACGCGGCGGCGUUGCACUCCGAAGACUUGCCCGCAUUUCGAGAGGACGAAGCGGGAAACCUAGUUGCGCCGUCCUCCCUGAACUUCAAUACAAGUAUAGAAGCUGGUUCAGCAUCCGACGUGGUACAAGCUGGCGCCUCUACGAUCUCCCACGACCAUCCAGUCUCUCAGAGCGCGAAUUUGGGCAGCGGCGAAGCGCCGGGGCCGGCUGGCUUGAUCAACUUCGACACUCCUGCCAUGCAAUCGGGUGGAGCCACCGAUGAGCAUGGGUCGGCAACGACUGUUCCAGGUGGACAGCUCGCGGAAGACGUUGCGCUGAGUCCGAUUGAUGAUCGGUUCGAUGGUUCCGCGAUGCAGUCCCGAACGUCAAGCCCUCAUGACGAUGAGGACUUUGACCCAGCAAGGCCCUCGACGAGAUCUCCCUCAAGCAACGCGGGCUCCCCUGAAUCCACACGGGAAGAGAAACAGCGUUAUCCGGUCGGAUUUGGGGUCUGGAGAGGUGAAGGACCCACUGCGGCAUGGUCGGCAGAGAGUAGUACAAGCGAUGAACCAAGGGUACCUGGAGCGCACAAAGACGACAGCAUAACGAGAACGACUUCUUCUGGCAGCGCAGUAACCGCGUCUCCUAUGAAGUCAGUGCUAAACUUCUUCGCGUCCACCGCUGCAGGGAUCUUGGGUAGCGGCGGGAAUGCCGAGGCUCCGCGACGUGCUCGAGCUGAUAGCGCCCCGGAGGGUGGACAGCAGGAUAAGGGCAAGGGAAGGCAGACUGAAUCAGAGGCUGCCGCUACCGUCGUCGCGGCGUCAGCCCCCUCGACUGCUGCGCCCGCCACGCUUUGGCAUCCUUCGCAAGAUCCUCAGACAUCGAGAGCGCCUCGCAAUUACCAAGAUCAAGAGCUAUCAGAAACGAAUCAGGCCGACGGUGGCGGAGACGAGGAAUCAAAGGAUGCCGAAGUUGACGAACGAGAGGUAGGCGAUGACGAGGGCGGGGGCGGGGGCAAGGGUGAUUCGAGCGGUCGUGCCUCGAUGGGUCAACAGAGUCUUGCAACGAUUAUCGAUCCGUACCAAGGCAUGUCGGAGAGUCAGCGCAAGAAGGCGAGGCAAAAGGCGAAUGCUAAGGCGAAGAAGGAAGCAGAGCAAGCGAUGAAGGAUGAGCGGAGGAAGCACGGCAGGAGAUGA